AUGUCAGUGGCCCGACUUCCCGCUGAGAAUGAUGGCCGUGAGUCGAAGAGAGCCAAAGGGAUGGCUUCACCCUUGCUAGGAUUCUCAGAUGAGGAUAAAAUUGGAACUAUUCAACCCCAUAACGAUGCUCUAGUCGUCACCCUCAGGAUUGGGGGAUAUGACGUCAAGAGGGUGUUAGUCGAUCAAGGCAAUGCUAUGGAGGUGAUGUACCCCGACCUAUUCAAGGGGCUGAAACUGAGGCCCGAAGACCUGAUGGCAUACGACUCCCCUUUAGUAAGUUUCGAAGGGAAAACUGUUAUUCCGAGAGGCCAGAUUAGACUUCCCAUACAAAUUGGCUCGAACAUAGUGGAGGUGGAUUUCAUAGUGGUGGAUGCAUAUUUGCCCUACACCGCCAUUGUGGCUAGACCUUGGCUUCAUGCCCUAGGGACUAUUUCCUCAACCUUGCACCAAAGGGUGAAGUACUCGUCGGAGGGUCGAGUCAAAGAAAUAAUAGGAGAUUAA